AUGACUCGGGGCAGAAAUGCGGCCGGCUGUAUCUCUCACUCGAUCAGUUCACAACCCGCGAAUUCAAUUUGGAUCUCCGACGCCCUCUUGACACAGACUUUUACUCGCUUCUGCCAACAGCGACGCCAUGGCAGCUGUGUACCGGGUCCGUUGGAGGCCAGGAGACGGGCAUCACGGAGAAAGACUACAAACUUGGCAUUCCCUUCUUGGGGAGAAGGCUUCGUCAAUCCGACCGACUUCAUCAGUCGGGGUGCGCAACCGGCUGCCUGGUGGCAGAAUGUCGUGAAUUGGAGCACAGAUCAAACUCGUCAGUCCCUGCUUUCAUGGCUGAUACAUCCCCCAAAGCAACCGCCGAUUGCGCAUGAGCUCAAAUUAGGCGAGGUUGAACGCAAGAUCGAACCUGAACCUAAGCCGGAGCCAACUUUGGCGCUCCCUGCUGAGGUGGAAGAGGUCCUUCCAGUCCUAGAAGGAUGUCGGACACUGGACGAGAUUCGAAUACUCAUUCAGUUACACUCCAUUAAUCUUCAGCAAGUUCCGGCGUUCUGUGAAGUCAUUCUCGAUCAUCUCCUCGCAUUACCCAACUGGCCAACCGAGAUCCCUGCCCUGCUGAGCGCUCCAGAUUUCCAUCCGCCAGGCACAUCCUUACAUCUGCAGGUUUUAAUCAAACUUCAGAGGUUGCAUUUCAACAACGAUACUUGGGAUAGGGUGAAGACUUCGUUUAGCCAAGCCGCAACUUUGGGUCUGAUCUCACCGGUAGAUUUGCGAGCUAUUUUCUCAAUGACUGCAAAUAUGAGAUUGCCCAUGCCCAAACCCACUACCGGACGCUCACACAAGGGAGAUUUUCUUCAUAGACUGGUCACGGCUGUGGCUGGUUCUCCAGUCCUACAUCUGAGUGACCUCGGGAAGCCAUGUCUGCAAAGUCUUAUCAUACUCUUAGGCAAGUACGCAUAUUUCAGCAAGGCGCUCUUUUUCCUUGGUCCUUGGGCAGAUCAAAACAAUGCGCAUAUCUUUAUUCGUGUUGUGCUCAUGCGGCUGAAAGAUAUGCCAAAAACGGAACAUCUGGAAGAUGGAACUACGUAUGAUCUUGCGAGUGACCUUGCAAGGCUCGAAACAAAGUUUCUGUUACAAACCCUUCCACAGAUUUCUAUGCACCUCCUUGGCAAUCACCCAGACGGACCAACCAAUCUCGGUAUCGGUAAAUUGACAAUCAGCAAAAUCUUCAAAUUCAGGAAAAUCCCCAAAUUCCUGGUUAACUGGCGACUGACGCUGUCACAUCUGAGCCCCGUGAUGAAAGCAGUGGACACAACGGAUGACAUAUUUACUAAAGCCAUGGACGAUAACCCCGAGCAGUAUUCGCAACUUCUUGCGAUUGCCUGGACCUAUAUUAGCAUGUGUCCAGACUAUAAGGCAUCGCGCUCGUUACUUCUACGCACAGGCUUUCAACGAAUCUAUCAACAGGUGUCUGACCGUACUUCAGACUAUAUCACCAAGGACCGUCUUGGUCGACUUGUUGUGGAAGUUUAUCAGCUCGCUAUACCAAACAAAAGCUUCUUGCUUCUCAAUCUGGCACCUUUUAUAUACAAUCGAUCUAAGCUGUUGGCUUACCAAUCGACUUCUACAGCUGCUUUGGAGUCUCUAGUCAACCGUGAUUACUCUAUGCUCACCGACUCAAAGCUGUUUGCUGUUUGCCGAAUGAAUUAUCCAUAUGAGCUGGUUGAACUUGCCGAGUCCAUAAAUCCACAUCUGCCGCUAUUCAAAGUGCUUUCGAGGAAGUGGAUUCACACCGAAGCGAAAGCAUCCAUGGUUAUCAAGCGAUUGCUCAAGCACAAUCACUACCUAAAACUAACAUUGUCUAAAUUUGGAUCUGGGGAAGCUCCAUUUAGGGUUGGGUGGUUGAACAUGAAGACGCAUCAGUUGUACGAGGAGGGUAUGCCUACUCCACAUGAAGCUCUCGACUUCAUUAAUCACCUGGCCGCCUCAAUCGCAACGACAACCAUGUGGAGCCCCCGAGCUCGUUUCGCCGGAAUUUACUUCCUAUACCUGUAUCUUCACAAGUGGAGAGGCCCAAUCACGAAAGAGUUCACCGAAGCACUGUGGUACGUCUGCAUGGAGUACCGGGACGAGCAAGGUCCAUCAUACACGAUGUCAAGAUGGGUCUUGCAACAAAUAGCACUUGUCGAAGGCCACAGCAUGGCCCUCCGCUUACAAGUCAGCGAAACUGCACGAUUGAAACGCCACAAGUUGUUCAGAGACCGCAUCAAGAACCAAGAUGAAUCGGUCACUUCGCACGCCGGCUUCGACGAAAUCAACCGCAUCGACGACAUGUAUUGGAAACAGUCUCGCACAGACAGGACUGAUCCGUCACUGUGGGUAAACGCGGGUGAUGGAGACGAAACGAACACUUCUAUAUUUGAUUCCUCCGCGAUGACCACCAUGGAGGAGGAGAACAUCAUCAAUAUCAUACGCUCCGGCAAGUUCGACCAAUAUGAGGAGCAUUUGUGGAACGAAUUGUGA